AGUAGGGACCCAGUCAGUCAGUCAGAGUGAGUGAAGCAAGUUUCCAGCGACUCAGCCAUCACGGCCUGAAACUUCUUCCCCCCUCACUGAGAUGCACGCGCCGCGCGGCAGAGGACGGGGUUUAUGCCGGGAUAGAAGGCCGUGGUAGCGGGUCGGCGGCGGGGUCGGGGGGGGGGACCCGGUGCCCGCGCUGAAUAUGGGUCAGACCGCCGUGUCCGCCGUGUCCCAGUCUGCGAGCGUUGAUGGGCUGGAGAAGUCGUCCUCUCUGGCCAGCUGCGACGUGGCGGUGGAGAGCGCCACCAACGCCCAGAACGCCCCGGCUUCACGGCAGCAGCGAGGCAAGCUGUCAACCCUGGGAAAACUCUUCAAACCCUGGAAGUGGAGGAAGAAGAAGACCAGCGACAAGUUCCAGGAUCUCUCCAAAGUUCUCGAGAGAAAAAUUUCCACCAGACAAACUAGAGAGGAGCUGAUCAGAAAAGGAGUUCUCAUCCCUGAGCAAGAUGAACCGAUCAGCAGCGAAAACCUCAACGGCCACGCCACGUCCAGUCUGGCGUCAGAGGAGGUCAAAGUUGACAUUGAGACUCCAGAAACGACCCGGGAGGAGCAGGCAACCGCGCCAGUCAGCACCGAGGAUCAGCCAGAGAGGCGUGAUACUAAACCCGCCGCCCGUACAAACCAGGUGCGACCUCGGGAAGGUCAGGCUAAAAAGCUGCAAAGCUCCACUCUUCCCGCCUCUUCCAAAGCCGCCGGUGGCGCCGCGGCCGCACCGAGGCACAAAGAUGGCGCCUCGGGGACUAAAAAGACAGCUAAAACUACGCCCAAAACAGGCUCGUCGUCGCAGCCUAAAGCUAACCCCCGGAGUACUAACAGCACUAGCCGCGGGACGGCCAAAUCUUCCCAUCCAAAGAAGCCAGGAUCCACGGCAAAAAGCACUACCACCUCCACACUCCGAUCCCGCACGUCGAAGGAUGCCGGCGCCGCGGCGUCGGCCGACCGGACGGACGUGAGAACCAACCGCAAGUCGGACACGUCCACCCCGUCCACCGUACCUCAGAAAGCCUCCGCGGAGACUCCCGGCCAGUCCGGGGAGGUGAACUCUCGUCCCCCGGCCUCGGAGACCAAGGCCCUCUCAUCUAAAGCUUCAGGCAGUGAGACUGAGGGAAGUCGGGCUGCUUCCCAGCCUGCCCUGCGGCCUAAAUCUGCUCCCAGCGCUUCGCCUGCAGGAGACGACGCCCACAAAGACGGAGUUCCUGAAACUACAGUCCGGUCACCGUGCGUCAACGCUGCCACAGAGGACACGUCGUUCACAGAGGGGCAGACGAACGCCAGCUCACAUGAAGAGAAACGGGGGAAGACGGAGGAAGAGGGAGGAGGAGAUGGAAAGAAGACCAGAGAAACGGAGUGCAGUGCGGAGAACAGCUCCAGGUCGGCAGAGAGCCAGGCGGAGAAACCGCCGGGUCUGAGUGUUAAAACCGAGCAGGCCGAGGUCACCGUCAUUCCCGAUCGGCCCAGAGACAGCCAGACGAGCGACUCGGACUCUGACGGACCCAUCCUGUACCGGGAUGAGGAGGAAGAGGAGGAGGAGGAAGACGAGUACAUAAACAGUUCUCUGGCCAGCAAGAUCCGCCGACGAGACACCUUGAACAUUAAACUGGGGAACCGGCCGAGCAAGAAAGAGCUGGAGGAGAAAAACAUUCUUCCCCGGAGCUCGGAGACGGAAAGGCAUGAGCUGCGCCAGCAGAUCGGCUGCAAGCUCGUCAGACGUCUGAGCCAAAGGCCCACCACGGAGGAGCUGGAGCAGAGAAACAUCCUCAAGCAGAAAAAUGAAGCCGAGGAGCAAGAAGCCAAGCAGGAGAUUAAAAGGAGGCUUUCCAGGAAGCUGAGUGUGAGGCCCACAGUGGCAGAGCUGGUGGCCCGGAGGAUCCUGCGCUUUAACGAAUAUGUGGAGGUAACAGACGCCAAGGAUUACGACCGGCGGGCGGACAAACCCUGGACUCGACUCACUCCUGCUGACAAGGCUGCUAUCCGUAAGGAGCUGAACGAGUUUAAGAGCCGAGAGAUGGAGGUUCAUGAAGACAGUAAACAGUUCACCAGGUUCCAUCGACCCUGAGUGCUCCGGCUGCCGCCAUCAGUCUCCACGGCGCCCAGCAGUCUCCUCCGACCCUCCAGACCGUCAGUCCGCCCGCCCUCUUCCACGGCAUUUUGGUUUGGACUAGCAGGAAAAGCGUUGUGAACGACUUGACGCGAGUUCGCAUUCCUUCCACAUGAGCCGGUCGCAGGAUUUCGGCUGUCUCGUUGCCUGGACUGUUGAGGGGGCUGAGCCACCGUUGGUGACGUCUGUGCUUUUCCUGCUACGGCAUGUCAAAAUGUUCACUGCGAAGAUGGUCUGCUCCUCUUAACGACGCGUAUUUAUAUCUCUAAAGACAGCUACAGGUGUGUCUUAAGGCCGUGGCCGCCCGGGGCACCAGUGAAACAUUUGCACAUAUCUAUAGAUAGUAGAGACAGAACAGUAGUGUGUAUAGUGCUCAAACUAGAACCAUUUAUUUAUUAUAGAGAGUUAGAAACAGCUGGUAUACAGUGUUGUUCUUGUUUUUUUUUUUUUUUUGUUUUGUUUGCUUCAGACCUAAUGAGUGGCUUCAGGGAGGAACGAAUUUUCCGCAAUCACAGAGAAUGUGGCACAAGUGUACCGUACAGUCGUGUGCUUGCCGAGCUGUGCCUUGCCGCAGACUGACAGCUGGCCAUAUUUGGGCGUCCUCCUCAGGCAGGAAGUGGGAGAAGUGGACGGGUUCGGGCUGAUGUCAGUGCCUCUGUCACACAUGAGGAAAGGAGGAGAGGCCGUUCGCUCUGAUGUGCCUCACAGACGCCAAUCAAAAAAAACAGAAAAAAAAAGAAAAGAAAAAACACUGCCUUUCAAUCCUUAAGUUCAAGUUUUAUUGCCACUAGAGGGCAUUAUAUUAUCAGAGUUACAAAAGGGGCCGAUGAUGGUGUGUAUUUAGAGAAGUGUGAUACUCAUGAAGCUGAGGGAGGGAGGGACCCAUGAGGCUGUUACACUGAAGUGCAAUGAAAAUCCCCCCAUUUUAUCAGAACUGUUCCAUCAGCGCGCCUUCUGAGGAGACGUGACAAUCAUGUGCCGUCGCAUGGUCUGCUUGACCAUUAAGAGCAGAUUUCAGAUCACACUUUUUGGUUUGUUCAUUUCAGGGUUUUUGGCAUGAGCUCCUGUUUGCACGCCGCCAAAAUAAAAGCAGGGAUUUGAUUGUAUGUUGAUUUUCUCAGCUGGGUGGACAUCAUGUGAAGGUUUCAGGAGUAGGGAACAGGCAGUCGACUGCCCCCCCCCCCCAAAAAAAAAAAAAAAAAAGA